AUGAACCAAAAAAAACAUGAAGGUGUUUUCAUUUUUUCUUUUGGCGUUUGUUUUGAUUUUGUAAACCUUUCUUCAAGCAAAACCAUGUCAAGUUCACCAGGUAAUUCCAAUUCUGAAUUUGAAACACUUUCGGAUGUGUUACAGACAUCAUCCCCAAGUAAUCAAACAUCAAGACAAGUGCAAGCUGCAGGAACAGCGGCGGCAUUGAAUUUAGCUGAAGCCAAAAUUGUCACUCAUGAAGAUAACUUGAUACAAUUGCAAUCACUCAAAAUACAACUUUCUGAAAAACGAGACGAAUUGAUUAAAUCUCGGACACUGUCCAAUAAUGAAUUGAAUGAUUUACGUGUGAGACAUCAUCAACUAACUCAAGAAUUAUCCAAGACGAGAAAAGAAACCAACAUCAAUAAUCUCCUCGAUUCAAAUACCAAGCAAUACAUUAAGAACUUGGAAGUUAAAAACCUACAAAAUGACGAUUAUAUCUUGAAUAAUCUAAAUGUGCUACCUUCAACGGAUUGGGACUUACGAUUGUCAUAUAUCAAAAGGUUUGUGCCUUAUUUGGAAGUUGAUAAAAUUAAAACUUUCAAUGAAUGUGAUACUGAAGGUGGCAACACCAUGUUAAGGAUUAUUGAGUUCCAACUAAUUCUACCAUUAAUAUUUCAAACUAAUUUCAAGUUAUCAGUUGAUUGUGAAAAUGAUAGCUUAAAGGGUAUUGAAAUCGAUGACUUAUUUAAAAUAUCAAUGUUAUCAAAUUCAUUUUAUCAAGUGGUUAUUAAAAAUUAUAUACCCAAUAAGAAAAUCAGUACGUUAAUGUUUGGAUUAAAUUCCUUUUCUAAACUUUUACAUAAACGCAUGUCAAUAAUCAAUAAACUUGUUAAGCAUUUCCAAAACAAUUUAUACAAUCUGGAAAAAUAUCAAGACUUAUUGGAUACUUCAGAUAAUAAAAAAUUAUUUGCAAUAUUACAGACGCUUGAUCAAAUUGAGCUAAUAUUUCAGAAAAAUGAUAGACAAUUCAAAAUUAUCUUAAAUUGGGAGAUUGUACUUGGUGAUCCACUCACUGGCACAUGUAAUUCUCGAAUCAAAUUAUACUUAAUUGACAUUCUUGAUAAUACUACCAAAAAUCUCAGUCAAGUAUUUCAAAAUCUACUACUACAACAUGACAUUGUCACAUCAUUAACAACAAUCAUUAAGACUAUAUUUUGA